UGCCCGCCGAGGUUACCAUAGCUACGAUGCACACCGCCUUUAGGCCUACCUAGUCAGUCAGUCCCCUGCUCUCGGUGGGGAAGGGUCGGCACCAUGAGCCAGGUAGUGACCAUCCGAGAGCCUCAGGCCAAGCUGCAGGCGUCCAAAAUGCGGUGCAAGGCGAAUUCGGGGUCCGUGCACAAGGUCUCCUGCAGCCGAGCUUAUGAUUUCCUGUACGAUCCAUUGUUUAUUGUGUCAAGUGAGAAAGACCACGCACAGGCAAAUAUGCAAGCAUUCUUGAGUCGAAGCAGACUGAGGAAAGUCCCCAGGUUUCGCGCCAUGUUCAGUAACCUGAUCCAUUAUCCAAGACAUUCUCUGUAUUGGAGCAAGGCAGACCCCGUCCCUCCAUGUGUCAGUCGGGAGUGGAGGGGGCUUGAGGAGAAGCAGAGAGAAGCCCUCCAGCAACUUGCUGUCACUGACACUUCUUUUCAGAUGUCUAAAGUUUAUGAAGAUCCUGAUGUUACUGGAAAGAAUCGCUACAAAUAUUUUGAAAGGCCCUUCCUUCCGUUCUCUCAGCAGAUACCACUCAAUGUUGUGUUGGCAUCAACCAAGAUGCAGCCAUAUACUUUUCCUCCCACUUCGACUAAGUACCCACCCAUCACUUCAAAGUAUACUGUGGGCACUCAGACUGAUUACCGCGAUUCCGAAACUCAAACAGAUCCGUAUUCUCCAGAAUACAUAGUGUGUCAGGAUUCAGUCCCUGAGCUCUUGACCCUGGCGACUCUGACUUGGGGGCGAGGUCUUCCGGCAGGACAAGCUGAGGUUGAGAUGAUCGAACGUGCCCGGGAGAAGCGAGCCUGGGAAGCCACUCUUCCCCCGCUGAGUGACAUCUCCCAGUUUGAGAAGAGAAGGAGGAUGAUGAAUGAGAUGGAAAGGAAGGAGUGGGCUUUCAGAGAGCAGGAGAUUGAAAAACUGCAGGAGAUUCGCCUGGAAGUUCUAAAGGAGCUGCUGAAGAAACGUGACAAGAAUCAGAAUGAAGUGAAUAUGAAGCGCUUGAAUGCCCAAUGGUCUAAACUGCAGGAAGCAAAGGAGGCAAAACUGGCAAAAAUUCAACGCACACAUGUAUCAGCAAUCAGAAAACUUGUGGGAAAGAGAAAGAAUGUAGAAGGGAAGUUGGAGAGAAGAAAUAUCAUCGAGGAUUACUCUGAUUAUGCAUCACAGGUCUACGGACCUCUCUCUCGUCUUGGACGUUUCCCAGACAACAACUCAGAGGAUUUUGUAGUGAAAAACCACUAUCUUGACACCUAUGAAGGAUUAGUUGAACUUGAGUCAUGUCUCCCAGAGUUUGUGACACAACCCCGAAUCAGAUCUCCAAAACCUAAAGUCAUCACCACCAAGGCUGGUUUCCUGAAGAGGGCUGCAAGGAUGGACCAUGAGUUGGCAGAGGUUCAUCAGGCACUGUUGGAUAAGAAGAAUAAAGUUCUUGAACCAAAGAAACCUCUGCUCUUUCUUCAAAGAAAGCCAGUGCCUCAACCUCGGCUUCCCACUCCAACUUUGGAAUUGAGUUCCAAUGAAGAAGAAGAUAUAGAAAUGGCUGUUCUCUACCUUCAAAAGUUACUCCGGGGCAGAGUCAUUCAAAACAUGAUGUUUGAAGGGAAAGAAAAGCGGCUGGAGUUGAUUCAGGAGCUGCGCACCACCCACGCGCUGCAAGAAGACGAGAGGCUGCUGAGGAAAGCGGAGAGGCAAGUGGUUCUGGCCUUACAGCGGCAGAGGAACUUGCAUGAAAACAAGGUGUUACUAGUUGAAAGCCACUUGGCUGGACUGGAAGGAAGGGCGCUGGCAGACAUGUUUGACUUCCUGUCCAAAGAGCUGGUGAGACUGCAGGAAGAGAGGAGGAUCCACGCCUUCGCCAUGCUGGCCGACCGGCAGCGGAGGAUGCGAGAGGCCGAAGAGAGUGGUCGGCGCCAGGUGGAACAGAGGCGCCUGCGGGAGGAGGACGAGAUAUUUAAGGAGGUGGUUAAAGUUCACCAAAGUACUAUAACCUCCUAUCUGGAAGACAUAAUACUGAACACCGAAGAGAAUACUGCAGAAGAACAAGCCAGGGGGGAAAUUGAGAAGAUGGCUAAGGAAAUCAAUGACAUUGCUUAUGAAAUGGAAAGCCGUCGAUCUCAGCUUCAGUCAGAGGAGAUUGUUGCGGAGUUGGUUUAUAGUUUCUUGAUCCCAGAGGUGCAAAAAGACUUCGUCAAAGAAAAAGUAAGGAAUGCACAGCGGAAGCAUAUUCUUGCAGCCCAUCAGAUUAUCCACAGGCACACGGAAGCCAUGCUUGAAAAGGACUUUGCUGAGCAACAGGGAGGAGAGGUCUCAGACACUGACAAGUUACCUAAGGAAGAGCCUCAAAACGAGAGAGACAGCUAAGGCUAUGAUCUUUUUUUAAAGAAGCUGUAUAAAUCAUCAUCAAGAAUUUUCAAUAGUCUGUGCUUCUGCCAGGAUGUGUGGCUCCCACAGAUUUGACAGUGUGUGAUAUGGGGAGAAAGAGAUUUAUUUUUUUUAAACUCCCAAUAAUUUAAAGUGAUUUGUAGUAAUAAUAAUCAGAUGAAGCAACUUUAUUCUCUCUGGUGUUUCCUAGAUACUCUACUUCACGAGAAAAUUUUCUCAUGUCUCAUCUGAACUUUUUAUUAACUAUGAGGAUAUGCUAACUUGUUGAGCCAAAAAGAAAGCAAUGUUACUGAAUAUUUCUUGAGUAGUUUAGGUUUGCUAUUCAUAAGGCAUUAACAUUAUCUACUACGGUUGAUAAUAUGCCCUUCCCAUGACCCAGCAUUUCCUCUCCUAGAUACACACCUAGUAGAAAUGCAUGUGUGUGUGCGCCAGGAGGCAUGACAAGAAACUUCACAGCAAUACUAUUUAUGAUAGCCCCAAACUACAAACCCAAGUGUCCCAACAUUGGAAUAAAAAAAAAAUUGUGCUAUCUCAGUAUAAUAGCACAUUAGCUCACCAUUGAACUUGAAAUCUAAGAAGUACAUUGAUGCAACACCUAUAGAGGAGUGAUGUUGGAGAGUAACCUGCCCCUCCAGUGUGUCGAUUGACAAGCAGCGGGGUUGACUGGGCCCUCCCUCAUUUAAAAAUCAGUAAAUAGGAAAAACAAUAAGUAAAAGUAUCAACAAUAAAUUAACAUGGGACACACAUAAAUAAUUUACAAGAGAAAUGUACGUUACUCUGAUAAUGUGUGUUACUCUUAGAAAACAUCUUAUUGUAGAAAACAAGAAGAACUACCUGUUUGGUGUUUUGAAUAGGAGGCAAAAAGAAAUGGCCUUUUAGUAAACCAAAAUAGAGAAUAAUGAGAACAGAUAACAGCUGCUAAAACAAAAACAAAAAACAAGUAACAACGAAACCCAGACAGAUGCAGGCUGAAGAGAAGAGAAAGCUGGCCGCUACUGGAACUACCAGGGCGAACACACUGUGAACUGCAUGAUUGUCUAACCGCUGUGCUGAACACCUGAAACUAACACAAAAUAAUACUGAAUAUAAACUGUGAUUGAAAAAUUUUUAAAUUAAACAAAGGAAAGCUAGCUGGAAGAAAAAAUACGAUAGCUUAAAAUCCAAUGACAUCCAUUUGGAUGCAGUUAAAAGAACAGAAAUUUCACAGCCAAGAAUAAAAUUGGUAUGUUGCUGACAGCUGUGUUAAGUCAUCCAGUAUGGGUUGGAAGGAAAGGGCAAAGUUGUGAAAACGACAGAGAGGUUAGCUCUGGACGACCAAUGCUAUAAGCAAAACGAGUUCUUAAAGAAGAAACCAAAACAUGUAAAAUGGAAACAAUAACUCAAAAGACUUUCUGAGCUAAAAAAACACCUGAUCAUACAAGCUUGAAAGGGUUUACUUUGUCCUUGGAAAACUAGGAUUGGGGCAACUUCUUUUCCCCUGAGGA